UUUGAAAACUAUCUCAAAUAUGUUAACUCCUUUCAAGAUUCAAGAUCGACAAGAAGCAAUUGACUGGCUUCUUGGUUUAGCUGUUAGACUUGAAUAUGGAGAUAAUGCUGAUAAAUACAAGGACUUGGUACCUGAUAAUACAAAAAAUGCUGACAAUGCAGCUAAAAAUGCAGAGCCAUUGAUCAACUUGGAUGUAAAUAAUCCUGAUUUUAAGGCUGGUGUAAUGGCUUUGGCUAACCUUCAUAUUCAGCCUCAUGAUGAUUACCUGGUAAUGCUUAAGGCAAUUCGCAUUUUGGUCCAGGAGCGCCUGACCCAGGAUGCAGUUGCUAAAGCAAAUCAAACGAAAGAGGGCUUGCUUGUUGCUUUAGACAAACAUAUUCUUGGUUUUGACACAGGAGAUGCAGUUCUUAAUGAAGCUGCUCAAAUUCUGAGAUUGCUGCAUAUAGAAGAGCUCAGAGAGCUACAGACAAAAAUUAAUGAAGCCAUAGUAGCUUUUCAAGCAAUUAUUGCUGAUCCAAAGACAGACCACAGACUGGGGAAAAUUGGAAGAUGAACAUUUUAGGAUUUCAGCUUCUCACCUACUUAGUACAAUUGGGAACCAUGUACACUCUGGCAUGUGUUUGGAAAUCA